GUGACCAUGGACCCUUCAGUGACCAAAGCCACCCUGAAGGUGCUGGGGCUGUGCGUGGUCCUGCUUUUCCUGGUCGCCGCGGUGAUGGUCUCUGUGGCGGUGAUGAUGUGGCACUCGGAGGCUGUACGGAUGCUGCAGGGAUGCCGGGAGCAGGCAGCCAAUGAGACCUCAGCCCUGGGGGGCCGCGUGGCCGAGCUGGAGCGGGAUGUGGCCGAGCUUACCGGGCGGCUGCAGGAGGACGCCCAGAAGAAGAAGCAGCUUCAGAGGCAGCUGGGCCAGGCCAUGGAUGAGAGCAGGAAGCUCAAAGCCACCUUGCUGUCCUGCCGGGAGCGUGAGAGCAUGCUCUCUGCCAACAUGACAGCCCUGCGGAACACGCUUGCAGCCAUUCAGCUGGAGGGCACCGAGAUGGACACCAGAAACAUCGCCUUGCAAGCGGAGCUGACCCAGUGGCAGGGGAAAGCCACGGAGCAGGAGCUGCGGCUGGAGGAGGCCCUGCAGCAGCACCAGGCGUCGGAGACACGGAGGGGGCAGUGCGAGGCCCGGCAGAGUGAGCUCCAGCGCAGCAUCCGGGACUACAGGGCCGAAAUCGAGUCCCUCCAGCGGCAGCUGAGCUCCCGAGCCACCAGGCGCAGGUGCCCCCCAUUCUGGUAUUUUGUGUGGGUGAUGGCAAGCACUUCUUGCUUUAUUUUCUCGCUCGAAGGGUUGAAAUCUUACAUCUGAAGCAUCUAGGGGAAGCCAGGCUUAAAGGAGAUGACAGGGCUCGUGAGCAACCAUUUCCGAUUCCCCUCUCCCCCUUACAGAGCAGGGCACGCUGCUCUCCACACCAGAGACAGCUGCAAUUACCCAAAAACAGCUGCACCACGGAACGGCCCGUCCCGCUCCAGAAGCCAGCAGCCGCUUCCUGCAACAGUAACAGCCAUAAACUAAUUGAAAAGACACCGAGUCCGCUGGAUCCUACUAGGCUGAGGCACCCCAAAGGAUGCUGGGAAAUCUGUCAUUGUACCCUGCCACAUGGACCUCUCUCUCUCUCUCUUUCUGUCCUGGCUCCAUUCUGUCUGCCUCUCCCUGCUCCUCCCUUCCCUCCUUCGCGACAUGCUUCUGCCUGGAGUCUGCUGAGCUCUGCACAGUGUGUGCCUGCAUCUAAGCUGCCUGGUGUCGUUCUUGAUCGUAUAAUCUACUCACCGGGAGGAAAUCAGACCACCCAGUGCUAAUAUCCCCUCUGGGGCUGGACUCACUCACGAGGGAGUCUAACCAGCAUUUAACAGCCUGUGUUUGUAUGCAGAUCUGCUCAUUAAUAUUUUAAUAGUGUUAGGCAAAUAGGCUCGUUUCUCCCUGGAGCUACUCAAUUACCCCAAGGAGGCACGGAAGACAGGAAGAUGGGUACCAAACUUUUAUUCUCGGUCAUCUGAUCGGGUGUUUCUCCUCUGCUAGUGCCAGAGAAGAAGACACACCUUACUGGCUUGGAACAGCCUUUAUAUACUAGGUUACAAAUAUCUUUACGUGCAAAACUUCUGUUAGUCCAUACAUUUCUUGAAUUCCUUUUUCAAAUAAGUUGGAUCUGUUUAACAUCUUCCUCCUAGGUAUUUUGCCUACGUGCAUUUAAGAAGGGUUACAUACGUGCAAAGAUUAACUGGGAUGAUACUGGGAUGAUAAGCAGAGGAUUGCCAUAAGCGAAGAGUUAACAAAUUCCUUUUGCUCUUACUAUAGUAGCUGCCUGAUGGGUCUCAUUAGUGACAUCAACACCACACCAAGAACCAGGUAUCCCUGCAAGGCCUUUGGCCUCCAAGAACGUAAGAAUGGAUUGGCCCUACUGGGUCAGACCAAAGGUCCAUCUAGCCCAGUAUCCUGUCUUCCGACAGUGGCCAGUGCCAGGUUCCCCAGAGGGAAUGAACGGAACAGGGAAUCAUCCAGUGAUCCCUCCCCUGUGGCCCAUUCCCAGCUCUGGCAAACAGCCCAGCAUUUCAGAGAACCCACACCUCCAUCCUUUGGAAGUCUGGCAGGUUGUACAGGUGUUAAUGGGGUUAAGAUCUGGCCCUGUCUCCACAGGGAUUUUUCACCCACCACUGAAAUCUACCCACCCUCUGUGGAAGAACUUAGCAAUUGUUUAACAGCACCCAGCCAGGCAGCACCACCACAGCAGGAUUUGGGACAGGAAUAAAUUCUCCAGCACAAACUACAGAGAACAUGUAGGGAAGCAGAAUUCGACACUUCAAGACGGAAAUAGGCCAGGGUGCCUGGGUGAUGGCACCGUGUGGGUUAGAAAUGUUGUUCUAGGACUACGUCCGCUUUUGAGCUAGGAGGCGGGAUCCCCAGCUCCUGUGGAUGUUCCCAUGCUAGCUGUGCUCGAACAAGCACCCAAAACCAGCAGAGUGUCCGCAGCAGCUUGGGCUAGCCGCUCGGAGUACAAGCCCGCCUCAACCCCAAGCAUGUACUCAGGCGGUAGCCUGAGCCCCCACAGUCCCACCCACAUGGGCACACUGCUAGUUGCACGUCCUAGCACCCGGGAACAGCUACGCCAGCUGGAAUCACACCUCCCAGCUCGAAUGAAGAUGGACUCUCUGGCUCCUCUGAAAGCUGGUAUUUCCUGCAGCUCAAUAGGCCAUUAGUCCAACCCAACCUGAGGCAUCACCACGGGUAACUAAACUCCUCUCUUUUAAUAGUUUAUACGAGUCAUUUCUAUCAAUAUUAAAUACUUCUAUUUUCACUGCA